UGCAGAGGGAGGGGCGUGAUACAAGAAGAAGAAUUAGAAAACACUCGGGUGGAUUUAAAGAUGUUAUCCCGGACAUAGUUAGGCUAUGUUGUUAUGUGACGUCUGGUGGUGGGAGGCAGUGAGGUAAACGUCCGGGAGACACACACACACAAACACACGGGCUGAACGGGAUGCCCGCGUGACUGCAGGGAGGGAAGAGGCGGUGGAGGAGGAGAGGGGGGGUCUAGGUGCUUGUGUGGACCACCGCAAAAACCCCGAGGUGGAGUUGUCAAAGAUAGAAAGCUGUGAGGAAAGAACAAUUCCUGCCUUGGCUGCUAUUUUUGGUGCAGUUUGAAAAUCGAUGGAGGAUAUUUAUUUCCUGUUCACGUCGAGGUAAUUAGUCUCGCUUUCCCCGAACGAACCGAUGUGAUCUUGGGGCUUUGAUCUCCACGCCGUCUUCUUAUUUUUGCCGUGACAGGAUGAGGACCAAACACAGGGUCGCACAUGUUCGGAUGUUGCUCCUCCCGGUGAUCGGACACACGGACUCACCGGCUCCUGUCAUCUCUGAAUGCUGGGGGAGAAACGAGUGAUCAGCUGCUCUCUUUGGGACACUUUAAAAUCUGCGGCCUGCUGCUCGGGUAUCCAGUUACCGCAAUGCCACUGACGAGAGGUGGAAGAGGUGGAAGGCAGAAGAUGGAUAAUAGGGAGCAGCAACAAUCAUAAAACAAUUAUGUUUAGGUUGCCAAAAAACUAGCUUCAUUCAUGUGAUUGGGUUUUGAUCAUAGAAUGAUAUAGAGUGGACUCUUUAGGCUAUAGUGGCCUUUGAUCUGUAUGGGCUAAAAGAGACAUUGUAUUGGCUGAGGCUUAUCAUGGCUGAAAAUGAGGUUAGUGUGGUGGCUGUGAGUGUGUAGUGGCUGCUCAAUUCUCAACUUUCUGCUGACAAAGUUCUUGGACUCACUCACUGGACUAUAGCGUGCACCAUGGGGCAUUGCGCAGAACCUAUGGUACCUGCCAGUAGAGAGCUUGGUGCAUAAUUGUGACGAAGUGGAGCUCUGAAGCCAGGAUUUAUGUCUCUCCCUCUUCUACUCGCCUGCACUUCUUCCCACACAGCUGAAUUUGGAUUUCUAAACUCAGAGUAAACCUCUCCCAGCCUCCUCCACACACACACACACACACACACACACACACACACAUCAAAGAGCCUGACAUGCCUUCACCGUCGGACUCCAGCAGCGUGGCUUCGGCCUCGGGGUCUCGAGGUUGGUCAGACAGCCGCAGGGGCAUGUCGGGCCGGGGGCCUGGGGGGGCCCGGCUGCUCCUCUACCUGGGGCUGUGCCACCUGGGCCUCGGGGCCAUGGUCCUGGCCUUCUCCUUCACCAGCAUGGCCUUCACCUCCUCGGCCCGUGUGAGGCAGUCUUGUCCAUUUUGGGCUGGCUUCUUUGUGGUGGCAUCAGGAAUAGUUGGAAUAAUCUCAUGGAGGAGACCUCUGACGCUGGUGGUGUCACUGUUCAUGCUGCUGUCUGCAGUGUGUGUGAUCCUCAGUUUGGCCGGCUCCAUGCUCUCCUGUCAGAACGCACAGAUGGUCAAGUCCAUGCUCACCUGCCAGGUGGAGAAUGGUCUGUGUGUGUGUUGCGCGCCCACUCAGUCCUGCUCCAUCACUGAGGAGGAGACCCUGGUCCUCUACCUGAACGCUGACUGUCACUCAGUCAGACAUCAGCUAAAGGACCUUUUGUUCAGUGCAUGCGGUCUCAGCAUUCUCUCCACCAUCAUCUGCACUCUGUCCACUGUGACCUGCAGUAUCCACAUAUUCUCUCUGGAUCUCGUGCACCUGCUGGCCCCACAUCGCUCCCGUUCAGUCAACCCAGAAUGCACCACUCCUCAGGACGCCUUCCUGACCAACAUCAUGGACUUUGAGGAGUUUGUCCCACCCAUCCCUCCGCCCCCCUACUAUCCUCCGGAGUACACCUGCAGCUCUGAAACAGACGCUCAGAGCAUCACGUAUAAUGGCUCCAGGGAGAGCCCCGCUCCUCUCUACCCCACGGACUGCCCCCCUCCUUAUGAACUUGUGAUGGGACAAAGAGCUGCAAGCCAGGCAACAGUGUUUGACCCCCAGGGCACUGAGCUGUCUGGAGAGAGAGGAACUUCUACUGCCUUCAGUGGAGAAGUGUCCAUGGACAGUGGAUCUCUGUUGAUGUCAGAGAUUGUGGACAUCCCUGAUGACUCCUCGCCCUCUGAGGACUCCUGUCUGAUGGAGGUUGGGCUGCGGACCCGCGGGGAGAGGGGCCACAGGAACGUGAGUGAGGGGGGAGACGUAGGAGACAGCGGGGAGUACAUCAGCUUCCGCGGUCCCCCGUCUCAGACGCCAGAGAGUCCUUUGGCAGGAGGACAGAGAGCCAGACUUUUCAUCAGAGGAGAGAGGUCCAACUCCUGCUCUUCCCCCAGCACAGCAACCCCCACAUACAGGUCUCCAUUAUUGCGUCGCCAGGCAGUGCUAGCUAGUAGCUGUUCCCAGCUUGAGGCCAUCGGGAAAGCCAGCUCUCCACAGCGAUCCUCCAUCCCAGAGUUUCGAGGUCGGCCCUCCACUCCCUUAAGCCAAGGAGCUACCCCAACCUCCUCUGCUCCCCCCAUUUCAUCCUCAGCCACAUGUGAGCAGAGUGCUGGUGAUGGGCCACCGCUCACAGGUCAAUUGUACCUUCGACGAAAGGCCGGGAAGAAUGUGAAGAAUGGAGAGUGGGUAAGAAGCGAUAGUGAAGGGCUCCUUCGUCUGGUGAGGUCACACAGUGAACCGGGCCUCAGCUCCUCCACUGACACAGUUGACUUUGGCUCUGGAGGCAGCAAAGUAUCUAUAGACACAGGUCCAUCCUCUGAGGCAUGCCUUCUUCCCCGCACCUCUUUGACUCCUGCUGAAGCUCUGCCAAUGAAAGGCAGCAUGAAAUCUGCAGCCACAGGGGGGCCGAUCCCCGCCAAACCUUCCCCCACCUCACCACUGCGUUUACCCAAAGACUGCCACCGUUCCCUAGGAGACCUCAAGGUGACUCGGGGUCUGGUGGCUCGCUUCCUGCAGCGCUCCAAACGCAACAUAUCGCCCUCCUCCGAGCAUGCUGGGAGCACAGGGCAGGGGCCUAAGAGACGGAGUGGAGUUGAGGGCGCUGCCAACAACCACCUGCAACUGGAACAAGUGUUGCUGACCCCUUGGAGCACCAGAGGAGGACACCCCAAUCAUCACUCACAUCACCCUCAUCGCCGUGGACACCACCAUUCCCAUAGUGACAGUCGACACAACCGGCAUCACGGCAGUCGGGCGCCAGAGGGAAUCCACCUGCGCAGCUGUGGAGAUUUAAGCUCCUCGUCCACUGCGUCACUAUGUCGACUCGUGACACCUCAUCCACCGCAUGGGUCAUCGGGAGCCCUCUACUCAGAGUCUGCACUGUGAGCAGGGGGAAGGAGGGAUAGAGGAGGAAAAUAGGACAGAUAUGAGUUGAUGGGGUUGUUAGGAAGUUGGGAGGCAGGCUGAUGAAAAGUCUGAGGCAGUUACGUGGAGAUAUCUAGCUCUGGAAAUGAGUGUUUACUUCUUUUCCUCUUUGUCAACUCAGUUUGCUGAAGCCAACUGUCAAAAUGGCCUUAUUCAGUGGUGCUCUUUAUCACUCUGAACAUCAGCCCAAAGCUCACACUAUUUCACUUUUCAACAUCAGUGAAAGAGUCACUAUAGAUGCUGGGCAGUGGGUCCCUAUUCGAUCAGAAUAAAUCACACAGAGACAACAAGCAUCUUUUCUGCUGUAUUCUCCACUUCCCCUCUCUGAAUACUGAUCUGCAGACAUAUUUUUCCUCAAGACUGGAUACAGAACUCGACUAGCAUUCAUGCUACAACAACCACUCACUCACAUGUACAUUCGGUGAACAUUAUUAUGGGUUGCUAUAUCCUUCUGGCCCUUUUGUACAUUGCUAAUCAUCCACCAGGUGAAGUGAUCAUGGAAACACAUAUUUGUUGUCUUCCAUUGAUCAAAAAAAGGAUCUCAAUAGACAUAUACUUAGCUGAGUAUAAUGUAAGAUAAACAGACAAUGUUGCAAGAGCUCACAUGGAAACAUCUUAACUGAGUUGCUGAUUUUGUCUUUUUAUUUUUGCAAUUCACACUCUCCACAUUUUUCCACUUUCACACUGGCCUUCAAAAAGGCAGCCAGCAUUUGUAACAUUGACAUUAAUGCACGCCACAGACACAUGCUAAGCGUUUGAAAUGUAUUCUCUGUUGGUGGCCCUUGGACAUGGUGGUAUGAUUUGCAUAUGUGCAUGUUUUGCUACAGUCCCCGAAAUACAGCAGGAACCUUGUGCAUUGAACCCUGACCGUCUGUGUAACUAUGUAACACGUCCUCAGAAUGUCUUUAACUGCAUGUUUGACGAUGCUUAUAUCUUUUUUUUCCUCUUGCACCCAAGACUAUGAUAGUAUUAAUUUGAGAUGUGUUUGUGUUAUAGAUAGCUGAAGGGGAAGGUCAGAGUCAAAGAUGCGCAGUGCUCCCAAAGUUUUCUGUCAGAUGGCUAAAAAAAUGUCUCUGCAACCUAAUUUGAUUUUGAUAAGGUUUGAAAAUGAUUGAAGAGCACAGGCGUCUCUGUGACACUGGCUAAAGUAGGUGGAUCCUGGAAGAUAAAAGGAGUACAUUGCACUGUCACUCUGAUGACAUGACGAGUCUCUUGCAAUAAAUGUACAGACUAAUUUGUUUUAGGGUCGGGCUUUGCACUAUGUGUUGGUACGGUUUCUCUUUGAAAUUGAGUGGGGUUGUGGAUAGGUGGUAAAUGAAAAAAACUUGGGCUGCUGAGAGUGAACAUUUGUUGGUUUUGGCAGCUCUACAUUUUGAAGUAUAUUAAUAUUUGUGUCAGAUGGAGUUAUUUCUUUUUUGGAAAGUAUUUUUGGUGUGCUCACUAAGUGAUGAUAAUGGCUCCAUAUCAGUAAAGGCACAGUUUAAAAACA